CCGUCCUCCCUAAAGAAGCAGAAGAGACGUCGUCCCCCCCCACCAAAAAAGCCAUCCCCCCGUUCUGCCCCGUCGCACAUUCGGCUCCCGCGACUCGGUCAGAGCGGCGCUGGCAGAGGAGUGCCCGGCAGAAGGGCCUUCGCCCGCUGUUCGGUUUGCAAACCCGCAGCAGGGAGGUGGGCGGCAGCGUCGCCGGCUUCCAGUUACCAAUGGGGAUCCCAGUGGGGAAGUCGAUGUUGGUGCUUCUCAUCUCUUUGGCCUUCGCCUUGUGCUGCAUUGCUGCUUACCGCCCCAGCGAGACCCUGUGCGGAGGGGAGCUUGUUGACACGCUUCAGUUUGUCUGUUCGGACCGCGGCUUUUACUUCAGCAGGCCUUCAAGCCGUGCCAACCGUCGCAGCCGUGGCAUCGUGGAAGAGUGUUGCUUCCGCCGCUGCGACCUGAGCCUCCUGGAGACAUACUGUGCCACCCCCGCCAAGUCCGAGAGGGAUGUGUCAACUCUUCAGACCAUUCUUCCGGACGACUUCCCCAGAUACCCCGUGGGCAAGUUUUUCCAAUACGACACCUGGAGAAAGUCCGCCCAACGCCUGCGCAGAGGCCUGCCUGCCCUCCUGCGUGCCCGCCGGGGUCGCAUGCUCGCCAGAGAACUCCAAGCGUUCAGAGAGGCCAACCGUCACCGUCCCCUGAUCGCCUUACCACCCAGAGAUCCCGCCCACGGGGGAGCCUCUUCGGAGAUGUCCAGCAGUCAUCAGUGAACCAAAUUGUUUGGUAAUUCUGCAAUGUAGCACCAUCAUUCUGUGACCUCCUCUUGAGCAGGGACAGUUCCAUCACGUCUCACACUAAGAUCUCUCUGCACCACUUCCUCCCCUAGGCUUCUCCCCACCCACCCCCAUGCCCCGCCUCCCCACAUCAGGCUGCUCCCCUGGCCCCAUACCAUCGGGCAACCUUCAAAACUAAAUUGAUUGGCUCUAAACAACCCAAAUAACUCCACCCCCAAAUUGUUCUAAAAGAAAAACUUUAAAACAUACAGUCCCUUUAAAAAACAAAUUGACUUUGGAUUGGCUCGAAACAACCCAAGUAACUCACCCUCCAAAUUGUUCUAAAAGAAAAACUUUAAAACAUACAGUCCCUUUAAAAAACAAAUUGGCUUUAUAGAAACACCAGAACUGUUAACUUAAAAAUUUAAUAACUAAAAAAAUCAAUUGGCUAAAAACAUACUAAAAAUUAAUUGGCUUAAAAACAAUUGGCAAAAUAAGAUAAUUGGCGCCCCCCCCCCUCUUCUUCCCAUUUGGAUCUUUAGUCAAAUUGGCUUAGACUUGGAUCUCAGAACCCAAGAAGAAAGGAAGGGGACCCAAAGUUUUUCAGGUGGCAUGUCAUUACUUCAGUGCUAUCUCCUUGUCACCACGCAGAUAGAGCGCCUUAGCGCAAACUGACUGAGAACAACAGCCACCCAAACUUUCUCCACUGGCCAUUCCAUCCUAGAUGUCACCAUGUCGUCACAGGGCUGGGUGAAAAGAAAGAACACAAGAAGAGGAACAGAGCAUGGAAACUGAAAACAAAACUUAAUUGGCACAAGUCCCCCAGUCCCAAAAUCUUAUUUUUUCGUACCUAGCUAAAAUGCAGAUGUUUUUACUUAUCCCUACAGACACACACAAACACAAGUAUGCGCCAUAUUUGCACACACAUAAGCACACUCACUUACAUACUUAUACACACCCCUCACAAUUAGAUGAGAACAUUGAAAUGGCUGAAUAGCUCCUAUUCAGACCACAUUGCCCAAACCAAGAUUCAUUCCCAAUUCGCCGAGCAGUUUGCAUGGUUUGAGCUCCCCUCCCAGUCCAUCUAGUUUCUGCUGCUGCUUGUGGGCCCUGUGUAUGACCAGGCUGUAAGUUCCAUCUUUCCCAGAGAGGGAGGUGUUCCUACAAGGCUCACUUCCAUCUGGGCGCCUGUCCCCAGGGACCCCUACAGCAUGAGCCCAGUGCUCCCCAGCCCCCCACCCAGUGUGGGCCAAUGCCUAUCCACCUUGUGUGUUGGCCUCCUCCAGUGUAGAAUAAGUUUGGCCUGAUAAGGAGAUGGCACUGCCAAGUAAGACAUGCCACCCGAGUAGCCUGACCCCUGGGUGUGUUCCAGGAGGAAAGAUCUGGGGGACAUCCCCUGCCCUGAGCAUACCUAUGGGCCAUCUCUGUCAGUCUCCUGGGGAGCCCCACUUUUUAGGGGCUCCCCAGGAGACUCACACUGAUGGUGGGGAGUGUGGGA